ACAAAAAAAGAAGUGACCGGAAGUGGAGUUUUCUUCACUGUUUUUACCGGAAAGCUAACACCGGAAGUGGGUAUUAGCUUGACGAGGAGUUGAGUGAAAACUUCCCGACCCUUCGCGCUCCGACGUCCACCGGCCGCUGGUUGGAGCAUGUCUUCGGACCCGGAUUACAGAGCGAUUGUUCGGGAGCAGAUGGGAACCGCCGGGGCAGAGACGCUUCAGGUUCUGGAGAAUCGGAUCUUGGAGUUGAAGCGGCGGCUCGCGGUGCAACAAAAGAUGCUCGACGCCGCGUUAAAACCGGAGGUUCAGCUUUACAGAAUCAACUCCCUGAAGCAGGAGGUGAAGGAGAUGGAGGAGGAGCUCCAAAGAAGAAGAAAGGAGAAAGAGGAGGAGCUCCGAGAAGGAGGAGGCGUGGAGGUCUUCCAGCCUCCAGAGAUCAAGGAGGAAGAGUAUGAGACCGUCAUCAUCCUGGAGGAAGAGCGGCUGGAGUACGAUGAGGACAUUGAGAAACAGGAAACUCUGAUGGCGUCUUUGGACUCAGAACCGGAGGACGGACUGGACCACCGGGGGGGAGUUCACGGGGGGGUUCCCGGGUAUCACUGCGGCGUUUGCGGCAUGAGUCUGUCCAGCAAGCUGUGCCUGCUGAAGCACCAGACCCUCCACACCGGCGAGAGGCCGUACUCCUGCGAGCUGUGUGGCAAAACCUUCCGAGGAAGCGACAAGCUGCUGCUCCACAAGCGGACGCACACAGGUGAGAAGCCCUACCUGUGCCCCACCUGCGGCAAGAGGGUCACCGACCCGUCCGCCUUCAAGAGACACCUGACCAUCCACACCGACGAGAAGCCCUACGCCUGCGAGAUAUGCGGCAAGAAGUUCAAGCACAGCAACGCCAAGCUGUGCCACGUGCGCUCGCACACAGGUGAGCGGCCGUACCUGUGCGACCUGUGCGGCAACGGCUUCGUCAGCGCCUCCAAGCUGGAGCGGCACCGCAAGACGCACACGGGCGAGCGCCCUCACGUCUGCGCCGCCUGCGGGAAGGGCUUCAUCCGCCUCUCCGGCCUCAGGAACCACGUCUGCUUCCGGAAGCGCGCCGUCCGCUUCCCAGAAUGCACCUCUGCUUGAAAACGUUUGAGACUGUUUUAUGCUUUGGACCGCUGUGGGAAUGAAAAUGAAGGAGCGUCUGUGCAUCAGCGUCCGGACUCGUCGUGACGUUCUGUAACUCUGCUGCUGUUUGGACCCCUCCCCCUUCCUGUUCUGUUUUUGGUUUAAAUAAAGUUUUUCUUUGAGUUUCCAGGAUUUGACUUCUUGUAAAGUGCAUGUUUUUUUGUGUUAUAAAUUAUGUUCUUCCAAUUCCAAAAUUAAAUAUAUUUUUAUUUUAAAAAAAUAUUUCCUCAUUUUUUUCAGCUUUUUGCUGCAGUUUUGACAAACAGGAAGUAGAAUUCCUGCGUACAACUUGAAUUGCGGCGGGACAGACGUGAUGUAGCCGAUGUAAACGGUUCCUUAUUGAUCAAGAAUUCGUCUAUUUUAUGUGUCAAAGCUGCGGCAACCUUCCCUGCUCUGUCGUUCUGCUCACCUGGCAGGUGUGGGCCAAUAAUAUUUCAGCACCUGGGGGGGGUAUUUAGGUCAACCAGAUAAUUGGAACCAGACCAGGAACAGGACACAUGUUUGUGGGUUUUUCCACAGUUUAGUUGGGGCUUUUUUUUGUUUCCUUCGAGUGGUUUAAAUUUGGUUUGACCGUCUUUAUCCGGGCGCUGCUGCUGACAGUCAUUGUGGUCGAUCAAGUGUCUCCCUGACACUUUUUUGGGGGUGCGCAAAGUUACAGUCCUUUAAUUUUUGCAGGACGUUCAUAUUUCCUUUGCUUUACGAAACAAUUUUUUUUCCUUUUUUUUUUUUUAUAAAUAAACUAUUCCUCGUUCUUCUGGU